AUGGAAGCCUUCUCCUUUGCCACCUCUACCGCCCUGACCCAGCUCUCCGUCCAUGUCCGCAUAGACCGUAUAGAAGGCAACCAGAAGGCGAUUCCGUACUCUGUACUUCUCAAGCGCCCAGACCUGAGGCAUCGCGUAUCCAACAUCAAUCCGCAUUCCGAACUCUACGUCACGGCCCAAAUAUGGGCUGACAGCAAGCCUCUGACUGUGCCGGUUCAGACCUCCUAUACGACCUUCAAGAACGCUCGCACAUGGAACGAGUGGCUAUCCCUCCCCAUAACGUAUGCCAACCUUCCGUCGUCAGCUCAACUCGCCAUCACAGUCUGGGACCUGUCCCUUGCAGAGGACACCGAGUCAAAUCUGCACGCUGUUCCUUUUGGGGGAACUACCGUUCCACUCUUCGACAAAGACAACACGCUGCAGAACGGCAGGCAGCGAUGCCGCCUACACCGCUUCAAGGCCGCUGACGGUCUCUCUUCGACCACCACGCCCUGGGUAAUACCGCCAGCGAGAAGGAGCCGGAAUGACAAUGUAAAGGAAGAUUUGAUUGACGAGCAAAUUCUGGAGAUGCAAAGGCUGGAAGAGCUUCUCAAGAAGCAGGAGAUGGGCGAAAUCCCCGAGAACCGUUGGUUGGAUGGUCUUCUGUUCAAGAAAAUGAUGAAGAUACGAAGUGAUGCGCUGAAUGCCGAAGCUGCUGCAAAUGCACGUCUGAACAAGGCCAACAUGAACGGCGAUUCCCAAGAAGAGGAGCUGUUCUAUCUCGAUAUUGAGUUACCCCGCUUCGAUCAUGCCGUCGUCUUUACGGACGUCGAGUACCCCCCACCGCCUGUUUCCAGCUUCAAGGUCUCAUCAGAUUCUGAGAUUCGCCUGAGACCUCCGCCGGAAGUCUCCUUUGGUCCAGGUAUCAACGUGGAUGCGGAUGGCUAUGGAGACGCCCACGCUGGCCGCUUGAUCCGCAUAUACGAUCCCGAAACGGGCCGGUCGGAUAACCCGGCCGAAAGCAAGCACCGCAGGUUGAUGCGCAGCCAGCAAACGGACGCCCUUGACCGUGACCGGAAACCCGAUGUUGACACACGGGACAAGAUCAACAAGAUCCUCACAUAUGGGCCUCUGCAUGGUCUCAAUGCGGAUGAGCGCGAUAUCAUUUGGAAGUUCAGAUAUUAUCUUCUCCGAGACAAGAGAGCUCUAACCAAGUUCGUCAAGUCUGUGGGCUGGAAUGACCCGAUGGAGGUACGGCAGGCCGCUCCUCUGCUUGAACGGUGGGCAGAGGUGGAGAUUGAUGAUGCGCUCGAACUCCUAGGCAGAGAUUUCAACCAUCCUAUUGUUCGCGGCUAUGCUGUGGAGCGCCUGAAGAAGGCCGAAGAUGACGAGCUUUUGCUCUACCUUCUCCAACUCGUUCAAGCGUUGAAGUAUGAAGCCGCUGGCGAAGGCGAUGACUCGUCGCUUGCUCGCUUCCUGAUCAGUCGCGCAACUAACAGCUUCCUUUUGGGGAAUUAUUUCCAUUGGUACCUGAUGGUUGAGAUCAGCGACACAAGUAGCGACCAAGCUCCCGAGCAUCGCGAUCUCUUUGCGAAGGUAGAGUAUGAUUUCAUGAUCGAGCUUGAGAAGACUCCUCUGGGGAAGGAAACUCGAAACACGCUCAAGAGGCAAGGCGAGCUAGUCACCAUAUUAGCCAAAAUCUCGAAAGACGUGCGCUUCGACCGUGGGAACCGUCCACAAAAGAUCGGACGUCUCAAGAAGCUUCUUUCAGACCCGAAGAACGAGCUCACCAACUUCGAGCCCUUGCCUCUUCCGCUGGAUCCGUCAGUCACAGUAGUAGGCAUCCACCCUGAUGACUGUAAUGUAUUGAAGUCGUCGCUGUUCCCCAUGAUCAUCAAUUUCAAGACUUCCAAUAACACGAAAUAUCCGAUCAUCUUCAAGACCGGUGAUGACCUGCGACAAGAUCAGUUGGUCAUCCAGAUCAUCACCCUGAUGGAUCGACUUCUACGAAAAGAAAACCUUGACCUCAAGCUCACUCCCUAUCGCAUCCUCGCAACCUCAACGUCUGCCGGAGCAUUCCAGUUCAUCCCGAGCAUGUCUCUGGCGGCUGCCAUCGCCAAACACAAAGGCUCCUUGCUCGCCUACUUGCAUGCUAACAAUCCAGAUGACAGUGCGCCACUCGGUGUCCGCAAAGAAGCCAUGGACACGUACAUCAAGUCAUGCGCGGGUUACUGCGUCAUCACCUAUUUGCUUGGAGUCGGCGAUCGACAUCUUGACAAUCUCCUCAUUUCGCCGUCAGGUCACUUCUUCCACGUUGACUUUGGCUACAUCUUGGGACGAGAUCCCAAGCCCUUCGCUCCACCCAUCAAGCUGUCCCGAGAGAUGAUAGACGGGAUGGGAGGCGCACAGCACCCGAACUAUGCGCAGUUCAAGGAGUAUGCAUUUACGGCAUUCACAACUCUCCGGAAGAGCAGCUCGCUGUUGCUGAAUCUGUUUGCCCUGAUGCAGGAGGCCAACAUCCCGGAUAUCAUGAUUGAGCGGGAGGGUAGUGUUAGAAAAGUUCAGGAGAGAAUGUGGUUGGAUAAGACGGAGGAAGUCGCUGUGCGGGAUUUCGGGGCGCUGGUAGAGGAGAGCGUGCAGAGCUAUACGGCCGUGGUGAUUGACCGCGUCCAUGACUUUAUGCAGUUUCUGAAGAAGUGA